UAUUUCCAAAAUUUAAGAAAAUUUUGGAGGCAGCUAUUAUUUUAUUUGAAAUAUUUUUGAGGAAUUUAAGACCAAAUUAUUUAAUUCGUAAGCAAUUCCAAUAGUUACUGUUCAAACUAUGAGGCGCGUGACAUUUUGAUCCUCGAACUUUAAUUUGUCGCAAUUUUUUGCUCGAAUAUUCUAGAUUGUUGCAAUCAAGUUCUACAGCGUAAUUUAGUUAACCAAAUGAUAAUGUAUUGCAGAUACGACGGUGAGUCGGUGAUAUGAUAUCUUAGUUAUUCCCACAGCAUCGACCACAAUACUAUUAUAUUACUGCUGCAUCAGCGACACAUCACUAUUUAGUCAACCAAAUUAUACCGUAGAUUUCAUUGCAAUAAUUUGAAAAGAUUAAGUCAAAAAUUGCACAAAAGUGUAAUUUAGCUUCCUGGUUUUGUGGCACUCUGAAAUAAAAUCCUACCUUUACUACCUACCUUAAGUCAUUGUAGCUUUGCAUAGAGUACUUCUAAGAAACACUAACAUUUUUUUGUCUUUUUUAAGUAAAAAACCUUCAUAAUAGUUUCUUAGUAAGGCUAAAGGGAAAAGGUUCAAUUUUUUUUCGCUUCUACUCUGUGGGGUUUAGGAGUUCAUUACUGUUAAAUAUAUUUCUUUUUUCUUUUCAAAAGUUCUUAUUAAAUAUAUUUCUAGAUCGUUUUCUAGAUAUCCGAUCACAUUAGGUAUGUAACAUGAUACCAGAGCAACUUCAAAAUCCCUUCAGCUUUAUGAGAAAGUUUAUAUAUAUCUAUAUAUAGUUUAAUCCCAUCAGCACGGGCCGUAUCCACCGUAUCGUAUGGUGCCAACAAGAUAUCAGCACGAUACAGCUCCCGUGCCAAUGUCACAACUCAAAAUUUUCUAUUCUUGAAAUUAGUGAGUAAUUUUCUCAAUAAAAUUCAAAAGAUUUGAUAAAAGUACAUAAUAAAUAAUUGGCAUAUUUUGUUGCUAAAGAAAAUAAAUAUUUCAUGCCAUUACGUGUCGGCACACAUAUAUUUUUUAUGACCGGCACCCAUCGGCACGGCCCGACAUGCACCGUGCUGGCAAAUUUCCGGCACGAUCCCAUGCCACGGCACUUAAAUCCUCUCUCUCUCUCUCUCUCUCUCUCUCUCUAUAUAUAUAUAUAUAUAUACACUGAUGAUAUACGAUUUCCUGUUCGUCAUAUUCAUCGUGCAUAUGAGAAUGGGUGUUGUUCGUCAUAUUCAUCGUGCAUAUGAGAAUGGGUGUUACAAAUAUUCCAAAGAAAUUUUCUAUCGGAUUUCAAUUGCUACAACUCAACACUCAAUUCACUAACCUUUUAAUUCCUCGAUGGAAAUAUACAAUAAAGUUGCCAUUUCAUUAAGAUCUAAGCGCUCAACUUCUAGUUUUCUCGUAUAACACAAUUCUAUGAGUAUUUGUAUCCAAUUUUAUUGAGAAAUUUAAUAAAGAGUAUAAAAUUAAAUCUAUCUCAAUGCACUACUCUCUAUACCUAACUUUUACGGCACUCAUGAUAUAAAAAUGUGCUUCCGCAGUCGUUUUAUAUGCAUUUUAAACUACGGACUAUUCAAAUUCAUGGAUGAAUAGGUGAGAUUCAUAAUAUUAUAGCAGCUUUCACAUUGUUGUUGUAACUAUCCGAAGUCCCGUCAGGUUUAACAUGUAUGUCAAAGACUGGGUGUGUAUUAUUUAUCUUGGGAAAAUAAGAAUAUUCUUCCCGAACCUUUUCAUUUUCGUUUCAGCAAGCGGUCGGAGUUUGGAGAACGCCCUCACGGAAGAGAGCUUAAAAGCACCAAAUAGUAAUGACAGCCAGUUGCAGGGAUCAGAUAAAGCAGGCAGCACUCCAACAGCUGAUGCAGCAGAUGGAAAUGCAAAGCCGGAGGCGAAAGAAACCGCGCUGUCCGCCCGUAGGAGAGCCCUCUUUGAACCAUUGGAGCCGGCCAACGGCCGCGGCAUCCGUGCAGAGGACCUCCUCCCGCCUCCGGACUUCGACUCCACCUCGUACCCUAAAGGGUGGUUGGUAGGCAAGAAGCGCAAGCUCGUGAACGUCGACGUCGUCGAGAGCAUGCGGCGGAUUGCAGUCCAGGAAAUGAACAGAAAGGACCGGGAGAUCAACGGGCUGAACGAGCAGCUGGAGGAGGAUUCGAGAGCCCUCGAGCAUCUGCAGCAACAGCUGCUUCAGGAGCGGAGCAAGCGGACGGAGGUGGAGAGAGAGAACGCGAUGCUGCAGGAGCAGAUCUCCAUGCUCGUGACCAUGCUCGACGAAAACCAAGCAGUCGAUGACGAAGUCGACGACGAACCUCCCGCGGAUUCUUGAUACUCGUUGUGACUCUGGUUUUGUUUUUUUUUUUUUUCAGUUCAUUGAGAUCAUGUAUCCACUAUAUAUGUUGGUGAUUCCCAUAGUGUCCAAAAUUGAGGUCUUAUGUUGCAGUUCAUAGCAGUAGAUGCGUAUAGAUAAGGUGUUUAUAUAUUUACCUUUAUUUUGUAACUCAUUUUGGAUGGUGUCUGUGAUAUAAGAUCAAUACAUAUAUAUUUGUUUGUUUGUUUAUA